AUGGUUCGCCUCGUUGGAACCAGCGCCGAGCAGGCCGCUUCUUCGGUCUUGCGUUCCGAGGCCCGAUCCUCGCUUCUUCGUGGAGCCCAGACGCUUCAGGCUCGCAACAUUCACGAUCUCACUAUCAACCGAAAGACGGGCAAGCCCAUCAUCAAGUCCGGCCCUUACGGCGGUGGUCGAUCUUCUGUCUCGGGUCACGUCGUGACUGUUUUCGGCUGCACCGGUUUCCUUGGACGAUACGUUGUCAACCGUCUCGCACAAAAGGGCUCGCAGGUCAUCAUCCCAUAUCGUGAUGAGGAUGAGAAGAGGCAUUUGAAGGUCAUGGGUGACCUUGGACAGGUCGUACCAAUGGAGUGGGAUCUCAGGAACGACGAGCAGAUCGAGGAAUGUGUCCGACACUCGGAUGUUGUCUACAACUUGACCGGACGACACUACGAGACCAAGAACUUCACUUUCAACGAUGUCCACGCCACUGGCGCUCAGCGCAUCGCUCAGAUCGCCGAGGCCGCCGGUGUUGGCCGCUUCAUCCACGUGUCGCACCUCAACGCCGAUGCCAACUCUCCAUCCGCUUUCCUCCGAUCCAAGGCUGAAGGUGAGGCUGCCGUCAAGCGCGCAUUCGAAGGUGCCACCAUUGUCCGACCAGGUACCAUGUGGGGACACGAGGACCGCUUCUUGAACCAGAUGGCCGUCUACCCUUACGCAUGGCGCGUCAACCACGGCCAGACCAGGAUGCGACCCGUUCACUCGCUCGACGUUGCCCACGCUCUCGAAAAGAUGCUUGAGGCUGAUGUCACAUCGAUGGGUGCCACCUUCUCGCUCGCUGGUCCUAAAGAGUACACCAUCGGCCAGAUCUUGCAACUUGUCGAAUCGCUUACCUUCACCUCGUUGGUCAAGCCUGGUCUCAACACUCCCAAGUUUGCCUUCAAGUUGGCAGCCAAGAUCGCCGAUUUAGCAUGGUGGCCCAUGAUCUCGCCUGACGAGGUCGUGCGACGAUACAUCGAUGACAAGGCCGAUGAACCGGGAACCAAGAGCUGGGCUGAUCUGGCUAUCACCCCUGACACACUCGAAGACACUGCUGCACCAUACCUGAGGAGAUACCGUCCUACGGUAAGAUUCGAGCAACCAAUCGAGACUGGUGGUGCUCGUCUCAAGAAGGAGAAGUACCACGUUCUCGACUAA